AAUGGGUGUUUGUUUUUACUCUCACCAGGAACCUUUGCUGAGAGGUAGCGGAGCAGCCUCAGGACAUCACCAUGAUGGAGGAUCACGCACCUGGCCAGGAAAAACACUUCUCCUCAGGCUAUCCCCUUCAGAUACCAGUCGAUGAUGGAUCGGAUGAGCCUGUUUCUGAAACAUCUGACGCUAAGAGCACCCCAACUACAGAAGAUGCCACAGCACCUUUAGUGGAGGAAGGAGACCACGAGGAUCAGGGUGGUGUGGAACAGCACGGGGAGAUCCCAGAAGGAACCACAGCUGAAGAGGCGGGCGUAGGAGCCACUCCCAGCCUGGAGGACCACGCUGCAGGAGAUGACACUCAAGGGGAGCCGAGCUCUCCAAAGCUCCAGCCCGGCCCUCAGGAGCGUGUGGGAGAGGCAGUAAAAGGAGACAGCCAGCCCCCAAAGCAGGGACCUGGGGGCCUUCAGCAGCCACUCCUGUCACGUGAAACGAAGGCUCCAGCAGCAGCAGCUCCCACCAGAAUUGAGGUCACCAUCCCAAUCCCCCUGGAUAUGUACCAAGGCUCCAGAGCAUCCGAAGGCAGCGGGGAGCUGUGGGAUCAUCGAGGCAGAGAAGGCAUUGGUGUGGAGCCAGAGCUGGGCCGGGAUGUGCUGGCAGGAGCAGGGGGCACAGGUGACCAUAAGGAUGGAGCACCUCCUUUGUGCACCAAAGCCCCAUUAAAAGAAGAUUCCAGUGGGCAGGAGAGGGAUGAGGAUCGUGAUAUUGAUGAAACUUCUGAGCGGGAUUUGCUGUCCCUGGUGGGUCAGCAGGUUUCACCAGGACCUGAAACAGGCUCGUGUCCAGCAACAGCCAAGAAGACUCUUGAAGAAUGUGAUAGAGAAGAGUCCAAAGAUGCCCCCAGAGACACCCCGAGAGAGGCAUCUGUGGCUGAAACUCAGUCACAGAAAGCAGGAGAGGACCAAGAGGAGAAGCAACAACCACUGGGGGGUGAAGGAGGUACAGAAGUCACCCCAUCAGAACCUUCUGAAACCAUCUCCCAAAAAGAAGCUGAGCCCGGGGAGGGAGAAGAUUCUGGACCCUUGCUAGAAACAGCCAAACUCCCUUCUGAGUUAAAAGGUGAUGUGGAAGACAAAGCUGCUGAGGUUGUGCCAGACACAGGAGAGUGCCAGACGCCCCAGAAGCAGCCCUGUGCCCCGGCUGCAGACAAAGCCAGCCGUGUCCCUCUCCUCAAAGGUCGUGUUGACAAGGAAGGGACCGAAGCUGAUGAAAAGAAACCCAAGAAAUCCUCACCUUCCACUGCCAAACCCCCAGGGGACAGACCCUCCAUCCCCCCCCACCGACACACCUCCUCUAGCACAGCCCCUCCGAAACCACCCUCCAGCCCUGCUCCUGCCUCUAAGCGAGUCCCUCCUGCCACACCCCGAGCUGCCAGUACAGGAACGCCAGAAAUGAAAGCCAAGGGCCCGGAGAUGAGGGGUGGCACGAAGACGGGCACGCCGCGCUCGGGGCAGGCGCAGAGGAACUCCACCAACGCCACGCGCAUCCCGGCAAAGACCCCCACGGCCCCCAAGACCCCUCCCAGCUCCGGCAGAAAGGAGCAGAAAAAACCACCUCCUGCAGCAGCAAAGACUGAGAAAGGUGAGCAGCCAAAGUCUGGAGACAGAAGCGGUUACAGCAGUCCCGGCUCCCCCGGGACUCCAGGCAGCCGUUCCCGCACCCCCUCUCUGCCCACCCCACCAGCCAGGGAGCCCAAGAAGGUGGCAGUGGUUCGCACCCCACCGAAAUCUCCGGCGUCUGCCAAGACCCGCAUCCAGCCCUCGGCCGCGCCCAUGCCCGACCUGAAAAACGUCAAGUCCAAAAUUGGCUCCACUGAAAACCUGAAGCACCAGCCCGGAGGUGGCAAGGUGCAGAUUAUUAAUAAGAAGCUGGACUUUAGCAGCGUUCAAUCCAAGUGUGGCUCAAAGGAUAAUAUCAAACACAUCCCGGGCGGAGGCAGUGUUCAAAUCGUUUACAAGCCAGUCGACCUGAGCCACGUGACAUCCAAAUGUGGUUCCCUGGGCAACAUCCAUCACAAACCAGGUGGAGGCCAGGUGGAGGUGAAAUCUGAGAAACUGGACUUCAAAGAUAAGGUGCAGUCGAAAAUUGGGUCCUUAGAUAACAUCAGCCACGUCCCUGGAGGAGGGAAUAAAAAGAGAGAGAAAGGCAAGGAAGACAAGACCCGGACCCCGAGCCCAGACCCCGCUGGGCUCCAGGCCCUGGUGCUGGAGCCGCCCACCCUCAUGGAGAGCCAGCUCCCAGCCUUGCACUCGGCUGGGGAGGGCACCAAUUGAGACCCACAAGCUGACCUUCCGCGAGAACGCCAAAGCCAAGACCGACCACGGCGCCGAAAUCGUCUACAAGUCCCCCACCAUCUCCGGAGAUGCCUCCCCGCGCCGCCUUAGCAACGUCUCCUCCACCGGCAGCAUCAACCUGGUGGACUCCCCCCAGCUGGCCACGCUAGCCGACGAGGUGUCUGCCUCGCUGGCCAAGCAGGGCUUGUGAUCGGGGCACGGCGGCGACCAGGAGAGAAGACAAGGAAAGGAAACAAAACAAAACAAAAAAAAAAAAAGGAAACAAAAAUAAUAAUCUGGCCUUCUUCCUCUGUUCCUUUUACAGCUGCUUCCCCGUCCCUAACUGGUUAAUGAUUUAACCUGCUUUUACUGUUCAUUCAGCUCUAGCUCCAGGACUUCAAAAUCAGUGACACUAUGAGGUACAAAACCUCCUCUCCCCCUGCUCCUCGGAGCGCACAGCCCGUCCCUGUCCCCACGCUCCCCCUCAUUCCCUGCCGCGUCCCUCACUGUCCCAGCCCUGCCCGGGACCACCCGGGGAGGGCGCCCGAGGGGACGGCCCCGCACGGCGCUGACCCGAGCACCCCACACCGGCACAGGGCAGCGGGUGGCCCUCAGGGAAGAGGCUGUGACCUUCCCACCCUCGUCCCCCCGAGGAUGGCCGGGCUGGCCUGAGGGCCGGGCGCGUCCUGGGUGCACAGCCAGGGACUGCGGGGAGGUGCCCUCCCUCCCUGCGUUAAAUUUGCCUGCUGAUUUGGAAGAAACCUUUUGUUUUUAUCUCCGAAAGCCGAGAUGUGUCUGAAGAUAACGGCCAGGUACCCCCCAACCCCGCUCUCAGCUCCGGCAGCUGGAGUACAGGCGAGCCCGGGGUACCCGCUGCGGAGGGGCCCCGACGGCCGUUCCCCUCUCCGUGGCUGUGCUGGAACCGCUGAGUGGAUGAGUAGAGGCUUUUCCCCAUUCCUUUGGCAGCCCCUCGUGUCGUAGAGUAGAUUUGUCUGUAUAUGCUUGGACCGUGCCAGGGUGAUUGUUUUCAUAAACGAGCAUGUGUUUGAAAAAAAAAAAAAUAAUAAAUGCUGUAAGUAGUUUUGAGCUGCCCCGCGCCGGCUCCGCCGCAGCCCAGCCGGGGGGGUCCGGGCAGCUCGGCCGGGCUCUGGGUUGUGCCAGCCCCGGGGUUGUGCCGGGGCAGCCCCGGCACUGCAUGUCUGCCGGGUGGGAGGUGGGCACAGAGCCGCUGCCCCGCGCCCCGGGGAGGGCCGGGGGCUGCGUUGGGCUCCCCGGGGGCUGCGUUGGGCUCCCCGGGGCCGGGCACCUCCCAGCCCCCCCGGGGCGUUGGGUGAGGGGCACUCACAGCUCCAGGGCUGGGAUGGCUCCUGGAUUUUGGGUGCAGCUUGUGACAUUUUUGGGUUGUUCUCUUUCUUUCCCUGCAAGGUCAGCUCAGCGAUGGCGGAGGCGGCAGCUCCGUGGCCCUGCUGUGCCGGUGGCAGCCGUAGGAGACCCCCGGGAGGACGCGGGGAAGGCGCGAGGGAGGUGCAGCAGCUCCCCCAGCCUGAGCUCGGGGCCCAGCGGCUGCUCCCUGGCACUGAACCCCCUGUCCGGGCGCUCCCCGGGUUUGAGUUGGCAGCGUGUCACCCCUCCCAGUGUCCCCUCACGCAGCACUGACCGCCCCCGGCACCGCUCAGGGACAGGAGCCGCUUAUUUCUUUUGCUACUUUUGUUCCUGUGGCUCCCUGGGGAGCACGAGGGGGUCCCGUGGCCGUCCCCACCUGCCCCUUCCCUCUACAACCAAAGAGACUGAGAUGCCACCAGUGCAGCUCUGUGUGUGUCCUCCCGCCCUGUGUCCCCCAGAGGCACCAGCCGAGCUCUGGGGGCACAGCUGGCAGAGGUGAGGGCAGAGGGGGCACCGUGUGGGCCCCAGACCGUGCACCCCAAGGGCUGUGCUGCAGGGAAAGCCGUGCUUUCCCAGCAUCGGAAUCCUGGUCUGGCGGGGCUGGCAGAGGGUCAUGCUGGGGCAUGGGGCCCUGGUCGUCCUUGGGGAGGUGGCUGGGUGCCACCAAGGCUGCCAGAGCAGCUGUUCCCGGGCAGAGCAGCGAUUCCUCCCAGGACAGGACUCACUCCCAUCCUGCAGGAGCUGCAGACCCGCCUUCGUGCGCCCUGUGCCUCCGGGGGGCUGCUGGAUGCCUGGCUGGGGCUGGGGGAUGGCUGUUCGGGGGGUUCAACCCUCCCCUCUGCAGCCCCAGGAGCUGCUUUACUGCUGGGGAGAGGCUGGUCCAGCAGCACCACCACGUCCAGCUCGUCUCUCUCCGUUCAGUUGACUCCAUGAUUGUAGCCGUGCUCUGUCCCCGACUCUGUAGCGCUGUAGGAGCCGCCGCGGUUUUUGUCCUCUGUAAAACGAGCAAGUGGGAGAACCCCGAAAGCAUCACCCCCUUUAUCCCUUUUGGGCUGCAGGACGGUGUAGCUGAGCUGGCCCACCCUGCCCUGUGCCACCCCCGGCCCCUCCGUGCAGCCCCCGAGGGACACCAGCACCCAGGGACGGGGACGUCCUUUGCGUGUGCCGAGCUCCAUGAGCAGCCCCUUCCCGCUGCGAGUGUCCUCAGCCCCGUCUGCCGUCCCCCUCCCGGGGGCUGGGGGGGGUCCCAGGACAGCCCUUUCCAUCCACCUCGUCGCCCGCUGUCCCCUCCACCAACCCGAGCCACGUCCCCAGCCCUGACCCUGCGUUCAGACCCAGGCCUGAGGGUCCCCGUGAGCAGCCUGACCCCCAGCUUUUCCUUUACUCCACACACAUCUUGGUCUGAAAAGGGUUAAAACCGGCACUGAUUAAAAAUAAAAUUAAAAAAAAAAUCCUAUUUCUGCACUCCAAAAAGGAUCUGGUUGUUAGCGAAGGUCGGUGCCAGCCUGUGUGGCGUUGGCAGCUCCGUUGCUCCCGCGCUGCGCCGGGGCAGGGAGGGAAGGUUUGAUCUCAGUGUAUCAUUCUAGCUUAGCUUCUGUCUGUGGGUGUCCAUAGUGUAUCGUGUGUUUAACAACUGGUUUACACUGUUGCCGUAAAAGUGAAUUUGGAAAUAAAGUCAUUACUACAAUAA